CUCCUGCCAAGCCGGUCCGCUGUCGUGUAGGUUAGUGCCCACCAGAACGGUGGUGGUGGUGCUAGUGGGGAUCGACGAUUUGGUGGUGCUCGUUACUGUUCUGUACACGGAAUCGCAAUACUGAAAAUAAUAUCAACAUUUCCCAUGAACGGUACCAGAGGAAACGGCUGUUUUGUGCUGGUAUUGCAGUAAUGCGAGAAAAACAUUUCCAAUGCUGACCGGCAACACAAACAGUAGUGCGAAAGUAAAUCAUAGCUCGGUGUUCGUAGAAAAGUAAACCAAGGAAAAUGAAGCGCAAAUGAACAAAGAAACAGAGAAGUGUUCAGAUUGGAGGGGCCGUCAGAAAGUAACAUUCAACAGACGUCGUGGAAAAGGAUAAGGGUGUGAGAGUGCCAUAAACAUGAAAGUUUAAUCAGUCAGACGACGCGAGUGACAUAACCAAAGCCGUUGCGUUACGUGGCGCUGGCAAGGACCCGGGCGUUUGCGUUUGAUGUUGGCACGUCCUUGUCCGGUGUUUCGUUUGUUCCACAGUGCAAGUCGUGUCUUGACUACCUGUUUUAGAGGCCCCAUAUUGUUGGGUGGUGGUCAUGUAAAUUUAGAUGACUUGCGUCCAGAGCGGGGCAGUGUGAACGUUACAGGUUUGAAGGAAAGAAUGCUUCUUAUCAUCGCCACAACAGGAUAGCUAAAUUCUUUUGUUCACUCUUAGUUAAUGUGUUCCGUUGUACUAUGAACUGUCUUACCAGUUUAUUUUGACUGCAUAAAUCGUUUGGACGUUCAUUGAAAGAGUGAAUAAAUAAAUUCAAUCGUGAGGGAUAAUGUUAGUGCGUUUGAACGUGAAGAGAAACUGUCCGAUGGUGAUAUGAAAAUUGAAAAAAGGAUCUUUCAUGAGAUAAAGCUACAUUUAUCCAGCUUCUAGCUGCAAAGUUCAGAAAAAUCACGGAAUUCUUCAUUAUUCAAAGGUGGCCACCAGCGCAAACACCACCGUCAUUCAUCAUCAGAAUAGCCAGUGUCCGCUAGGGAGCGACGACAACGCUCUACCCGUAAGCCUAGCUUGGCCAUGGCAGUACUUCAGUCAACCGACAAAUUCAAUUUCAUGAUCACUGAAUCUUGCUACCUCGCGCUCCUCGGUUGAUCCUAAAUGUGCUGCUGGAUGGAGGGAAAAUACCGCGAUGCGUGAAAUACCGUUGGAAUCCUCACCGAAAGAUUAUGACACAUGAAUGAAAGCGUGCCGGAAUGCCGAUCCAGCUGGAAGUUUAUUGCUGACUGGAAUUGACCUAACUGGGCUGUGGGGUUCGCUCGCCAGCAGGUUUGAAGUACGGAAUCACAGUGAACCCAUUUUCCUCGAAUGGAAUGGAAUGCGUUGACGGCGGCAUGAUUAAGCCAUAGUUUACACAGCCCAUCGCAAAGGCACAUAUUUCCACCUCGAAUUGAGCAUUACGUAGUGUUCAAUCUUUAUUAUUUAUCCGAACAAAUAUGUUACGCUGUUUGACAAAAAUCUAGUGGUUAGACAAAAGCAACUCGGAGUACAAACAUCCUUUCAUAUACAUAGCGGAAGGAAGUAACUUUAUUUCCAACGAAUUCAAAACACUGUCGGUUGACCCGUUCCCUUUAGAAGGUUGGGUAAUUAUAACAAACAAGAAAGGGACAUUCGAACAAAUUCGACAGAGCCUAUAUAAACAAGGACCCCAUGAAUCCCUUUUACCCAACAAUGCCGGUCUAUCACCAUUUCCAAUAACCAGAGUCUAGUCAAGAUGUUGUGGACAAAUGCAGAUGUGUGAGCAUUGCCGAACCUAAAUUGAAAACGAAAAAAAAACAGUGAAAUUUCCACAAGAGAAAUAAGUGACAGGGUGUUGGGAAAGUUUAUUUUAUUACGGUCUACAAAUUAGACGCUGACGUUGUUCGAACAAGGUGGUGUUACAAGACCAAAGGUAGAACCAUCCUCCUGUUGUGGGGGCAAAAGGAUAGGAGGACGCUGCCAAAAGUAUAUCCUUCCGUUGCAAAUUAGUUUGACGGAAGGACGAUAACAUGGUCACACACGAGAAACAUAUCAGCUGCUUUGCGGUUGUUUUGCUGAAUUACCUGAUGCUGUUGCUCGUAAAAUGCGCGCACGGAAUUGAUUGCUUCAAAUGUGUGUCAAUGAAUGGAGCGAACAAAGCCUGCGAUGAUCCGUUUCACAACAACUACUCGACGGCGAUAUUGGAAUCGCCGUGCAUGGGAGGCCGGAAGGGCCGGGACGGACUGUUUCCGGCCACAUCGUGCAUCAAAAUUGCCGGCUACUAUGAUGACACCGGCGAAACAAUCACCGUACGGGGUUGUGCCCUGGACAGUGGCACGCUAACCACCGAUACGGAAAUCAUUCGGAUGUCCCAUUGCGGACGGUUCUUCUACGAUGAUAGAUAUGUUCACGGGUGCCUGCAGAGCUGCAACGAUGCUGAUGCCUGCAACCACAGCCCGGGUGAUCCCCGACGGGUUGGUCUCCUGCAGCUGGCGGCAGCAAGCCUCGUAGUGGGCUACAUUCUGCUCAACCGGCGGCACCAUCUGCUCGGCGUCGUGAGCUAACAAAGUAGGAUUUAGCCUCUUCAUCAUCACUACCGCGUGAAUAAUUUAUGAAAACUGUGAACCGUCGUAGCGUUUAGUUAGAUUUACCGGCAGACGGCCAUCUGCUUUACGACGAUACUAUACUAAUAAACACUGAAUUGAAGUCCCAUCCCAUCUCCCAGAUGGAGUGUGGCAGUCUGGGACGGCACGCUCUACACGUUUUGUAUGGUUCAACUAACAAUUAACUGCGCCAAUGUCCACUAAACCUCAUCCCGUAAGUUGUAUAUCGAAACAUACCAGCUUUUGUAUGGCUUUAAAGAAGUUACUCUUCGUCGCAGAUCAGAAAUGAAAAAAAAAACAUGAACAAUUACGCUGCACGGUAAUCUAUCGACCAACAUUGAUAAGUUUAAAACGCUAUAGAAUAAGAACGAAAGUCCGACAUUUGCUAACUUCACCCUACAAAAUGUGGGUUAGGCACAGAGAUAAUAUUAAAAUGUACUCUUUUAUAUCAACCGAUUGAGAUAUUGUUGUAGUCACACACAUGAAAUAGGAAAUAAAAUAAUCAAGGUGUAAAUGAUUUGAGAAAAGUACAGAACAACGGGUGAUCAAUAGAAAGUUAAGAACGAUGACUAAUGUUUUGCUACUCAUCUGAAUUUGGAUCUAGUGCAGAACAGCAUGAUUAUUCAACAGUUUAUCUUUCUGUAAUGGGGUAAUAGAAAACAAUAGUUUUGUUCGUAGGUUCUUAAAUUAUUUCGAGCUAUUUCCCCUCCUUUUUUCCUAAUUGGUAUUAUAACCAACCUGCUAUAUCUUUACAAGACACAAAAUUAUACACCCGUCAUUUAUAGUCUUCUCUAUGCGAUACAGAAAGCGUAACCACGCUUUUCUUUACCUUAUAAUGCAGCCUUUAAUAAUCCGGAAGACAUUCCACAUAAUGCAUCCGGCCUGAGUUGGAGCGUGUUCUUCCUACGUUCUUGACGACACUUUGAACAGUUGCUCAACUUCUGAGCAAAAUGAACAAAUUGUAUAUUGUGUAAUUAACUUAAAUUAACUUUUUAAACAGCU